CAGUCAGUUGAAUAAUCCGGGUCCGUCUCCUGUUGCGCUGAGUCUGGAUAUGGAAAUGUCGCGCGCAAACGCACGGCGCGUCUCCAUGAGCCUUUCCUUAAUGUUGUUGGACGGAUUUCGGACCGCGUGAACUAUGAAUGAAUAUAACCUAAAGAUGAAUCUCUCCUUGGUGAACUCCUCCUCUUGGAAAGCGGAGUCGCUGGUCAUUUCUUUGGGCUUUUCGGUAAUUUUCCUGCUCGGCACCGUGGGAAACUCUCUGGUCCUCGCGGUUCUGUUCCGUAACGGGCAGAUGAACACCAAAACCACCAACAUGUUCAUCUUCAACCUCGGGAUAGCAGAUCUGUGCUUUAUUGUUUUCUGCGUGCCCUUUCAGGCCACCAUCUACACCCUGGAUGAGUGGGUGUUCGGUCCUGUGGUAUGUAAGGUGGUGCACUUCAUCAUUUUCCUCACCAUGUACGCGAGCAUCUUCACCCUGACAGCUGUUUCCCUGGACAGGUAUUUAGCUAUUUGCUACCCGCUCCGCUCUAGAGGGAUGAGAACCCCCAAGAACGCGGUCAUCUCCAUCUGCCUGGUCUGGGCCUUGGCGCUGGUUUUCUCUGGCCCAUAUCUCAGCUACUACUCACAGAUGGACCUGGCUGGCACUGUGGUGUGUAUUCCUGACUGGGAGUCCAAGCCACGCAUCAUCAUGGACGUGUGCACCUUCGUCUUCGGCUACCUCAUCCCCGUCCUGGUGCUCGGCCUCACUUACGCCCGCACCAUCCGGUACCUGUGGACCAGCGUGGACCCCGUGAAGGACAUGUCCGAGUCGAGGCGGGCCAAACGUAAAGUCACCAAGAUGAUCAUCGUGGUGGCGGCUCUCUUCUGCCUCUGCUGGCUGCCCCAUCACGUGGUCAUCCUCUGCAUGUGGUUCGGAAGCUUCCCGCUCAACCACACCACCUACGUCCUGCGCAUCCUGUCCCACCUGGUGGCCUACACCAACUCCUGCCUCAACCCCAUCGUCUAUGCGCUCAUCUCCAAGCACUUUCGCAAAGGUUUCAGGAAGGUGUUCAGCUGCUCCCUGAGGAGGAAGGAGGUCAACAAGGUGCACGUGGUUCAGGCGGUGAACACGGUCAGCAGCAUGGAGACGUCCAACUGAACACAAACACAUUGAACCUGACAAGAUGGAGGACAGGAUGAGCCAACUGAAAAUUAUGAACAUACUCAAAAACGUGCUUUAGAUGAAACUAUGUCCCAAAAGUAUUACAUUCACUGAACUAAAAGCAUCAAGCCUGUGGAGCAGACUUGUCUUUAAGGAAAGACCCUAAUGACACAACUGUUACAAAUGAGAAUACCUUAGACCUCAGAAAAGCUGAAGAGGCUUCCUGCACUGAA